AUUGGGCGGUUAGUGUGUUCUAAUGGUACCUACGUAUUGUUGCGGUUAAAGAAAUUAUGUUGUCUUAUAGAAAGGAUAAUAUUGGGAUAAAUUUUAUAUAACUCAUUCCAUUUCAUUCAUUAUCCAAAUAAUAUAGUGGUAAAUUUGUUCCAUUCCAUCAUAAAUUGUCCAAACAAUGGAAAGGAACUUUUUUGUCGUUCCAUCUCAUUCCGUUGCGUUCCAUUAUGUUCCAUUCCGUUCCGCUCCAUUAUGUUCCGUUAAUCCAAACAUAGCCUAAGGGUAUGUUUGAAAAAAAUGAUAGUUAAUGUUAUGACAGAUAAAUAGGUUUAGUUUUUUUCUUCUCUUUGGAUAGACAAAUAGGAACAAAGGUAAUACUAAAUUGCAGGAGAGGUUGUCUUGUGAUUGCUCCCUUGGAUUAUUUUCACCUAUAUUUUUUCUGGAACUUGCAGGCUGUUGACAAUGUGAACAACAUGGUUGGUUAUAUUUACUUUUCACCCGUUUUUUUGCUGAAUCACUUUUCCUUUUAUGUUAGGGCUUGUUAAUUAUGCCCUUAGUAUUGUACUUCCGCAAUUUUAAGCCUACAACAUUUAAGGUUAAUAAUGAUACUAAAGCUUCUUUUGGUUGAUCAAAUUUUUCUGUUUUCUUGUGUGACAAUGAACAAGAUCCAACUCAGCUGACAGAUAUUAACAACCUAAUGAUUCAACUGCUCUGUGGAAGUGUUAAUGAAUGGGGUUGGUGCAAGGAAAAGCUUGGGGGAAAUGCCAUAUUGGCAGUGUCUAUGGCAGUCUGCAAAGCUGGUGUAAGUGUCCUGAAAAUUCCUCUAUACAAGCAUAUUGCAAACCUUGCAGGUAACCAAAGGAUUGUUUUGCCUGUUCCCUCAUUCACUGUCAUCAACAGGGUAUCACAUGCGGGAAACAAACUUGCUACGCAGGGUGAGAUUGCUAUGAAAUACGGUAAUAAGGCAGUACAAUAUUGUGACGAAGGUGGAUUCGCCCUGAACAUCAAGGAAAAAGAAUGUUUGGAAUUGCUGGAAAGUGCCAUUGACAAAAGAACUACCGGAGUUCCAGCAAGUGAAAGGAUGAGAUGAGAAAGUCAGAUACAAGUAGGCUGCAACAUUAUCAUGGAGAAUAUGCAAUCAUGGAACUGUAUUCUACUUAAAUUGAACGGUGGAACAAUUUAAUUUUCAGCUUUGCGGAGUUUGCAUGUUAAUUGGUUCUUCUUGGACAACAAAUUUUGAUAGCUUAAACAAAAAAAGAGCUACUUCUUAUGAAUCAGUAAAAUUAGUUUUGUUAAUCUUUCCAUCUUAUUUUUUUUUUUAGCUAUUUUUUUGCUUUGCCUUAGAUAAGCAAUGCAACUCAUUCAAGACGAGAGCUAUUCUGGUGAAGGAAGUACUAUAGAAGAGUGCUUCUGGAAUCAUUGUGAUAGUGAACCCUCAGAAGGUAUACUAGGCAUUGAUAUAUAUUUUUAUUAGUUCAAAAUAUGCAGCAUUUUGCAUAAUACUCAUUCUAUAUGAUAUUAACCUUUGAGCAAAGAGUCACGCACAUUAAGCUUGGGGACGUGAAAAGUGAGAGGAAGUAUAUUGCAUGGUCUUCACCUCAAGGCUUGCAUCUUAUUAAAAUGGACAAGGAGGGUUUGGUGGGAUGUUGAGAAAUAAUGUUGGCGCGGUGUGGGGAUAUUUUUCCAAAUCAAUGAAGGUAUGCAGGGCUGAUGAGGCAGAGGUGUUAGCGAUUUUACAUGCACUUUUAUUUUGACAACAAUUUAAUGUGUUUCAGGUGGCAUUUGGGAGUGACUCUUCACUUGUAGUAGGUUGGGGCCGGGGUAUGGUGGCUCACAAACGAAUUUCAUUGAAUUGAUUAUCUUAUGACGCUUGGUUUUUGUUAUGAUGUUAGUCAUAUUCUAAGAGAGGGAAAUUCUGAGGCCGAAGUUUUGGUCAAGGAAGGGGACAGGGGGUUGCAAGCAACCUGUGUAGGUUUUUCAUGGGCAUAUUGCUUUGUAAUUAAUAUUCGACUUUUGAGACUUGGUUCUCUUUUAUCUUCAUGAAUA